UCUUACAACAAAACAUUAAAACAAGCAGACAAACGAAAAGAAAAGAAACAUUAAAACGACACAAAAACUCAAACGUGUCAGAUCUCUUUCUCGCUCUUUUUUUCUUUUUACAAAACUUGCUCUCUCUGGCGAGUUUCAGUUUUUAUCUUGUGUUGGCAGAGGAUUUGGAGAAAAAAAAUUAUAUAAGUUCAGAAAAAAAAAAGGGAAAAACAGAGGAAAAGGGUAAAAAAAAAACAGGGGAGAAAACAGAGUAAGGAAACAGAAAAUGUCGGAAGCAAAAGACCCGGCUAUCAAAUUAUUUGGAAAAACGAUUCCUUUGCCUGAGAAAUCUCCAAAAGCAACAGCAGCAGCAACAUCAGCUAACUUUUGUGCUACUUGUGGUGAUGAUAACAACAACAACAACAACAAUAAUAAUAUUGAUCAAGAUGAAGAUCGUUGUUGUUCUACAAAUUCUUCGCCAGAUGAAAACAAAACGGAAGAGAGAGAAGCUGAAAAGGACACUUUGGGAGAUGAAACAACUGAGACUGAACAGGAAGUUGGAGGUAUAAAGGAGGAUGUGCCUAGACAGGAAGGUGGUGCUCCUCCAGUUACUUCUGGUGAGUCUACAAAUUUGGAGGCAACCUCUGGAGCAAGUGAGAACCCUAAAACACCUUCUGUUGAGAAGGAGAGCACUGCUUUGAAAACUUCAAAAGCAGAAGAAGAUCAAAGUGAGACAAGUAAUUCACAAGGAAAAACCUUGAAGAAACCUGACAAAAUUCUUCCAUGCCCCCGCUGCAACAGCAUGGAUACUAAAUUUUGUUACUACAACAAUUACAAUGUCAAUCAACCUCGGCACUUUUGCAAGAACUGCCAGAGAUACUGGACAGCUGGUGGGACCAUGAGGAAUGUGCCUGUGGGUGCUGGGCGUCGCAAGAACAAGAAUUCAGCCUCACACUACCGUCACAUAACUGUCUCUGAAGCUCUGCAUAAUGCUCGAACUGACAUUGCUAAUGGAGUCCACCAUCCUGCACUGAAAGCUAAUGGUACUGUUCUCACCUUUGGCUCGGACACACCCCUUUGUGAAUCCAUGGCUUCUGUUUUGAACCUUGCAGAUAAAACAAUGCGUAAUACCACACGAAAUGGGUUUCAUAAGCCUGAGGAGUUAAAGAUUCCUGUUUCUUUUCGAGGUGGACAAAAUGGGGUUGAGUAUUCAAAUGGAUCAUCUGUCCCAACGUCACAGGAUAAGGCAGGUAAAGCUGGGUCACAAGAUCAAAUAAUGCGGAAUUGUCAGGGUUUUCCACAGAUGCCAUGCUUUCCUGGGCCUCCUUGGCCUUACCCAUGGAAUUCAGCUCAGUGGAGCUCUCCCAUACCUCCACCUGCUUUCUGCUCUCCAGGCUUUCCCAUGCCUUUCUAUCCUGCGGCAGCUUUCUGGGGUUGUACUGUACCAGGCACAUGGAAUGUCCCUUGGCUUUCUCAGCCUUCCUCUCCAAAGAAAACUGCCCCCAGUUCUGGUCCUAAUUCGCCCACCUUGGGAAAACAUUCUAGAGAUGAGAACAUAGGCAAACCAAGCAACUCUGGAGAAGAGGAGCCGGUAAAAGAAAAUAAUGCUGAGAGAUGCCUUUGGAUUCCAAAAACAUUGAGGAUCGAUGAUCCAGGAGAAGCGGCGAGGAGCUCAAUAUGGGCAACACUUGGCAUUAAGAAUGAUAAACCUGAUUCAAUAGGUAGCGGAGGACUCUUCAAAUCAUUUCAAUCAAAGGGUGAUGAGAGGAAUCAGGUUCCUGAAACCUCUCCGGUCUUGCAAGCAAAUCCAGCAGCAUUGUCUAGGUCAAUAAACUUCCAUGAGAGCUCGUAAUUUAAAUUAUGACUUUAAUUGGUUUAUGGUGUUGCAUACAGCUUGGUGGUGUUAAUUAUUCUAUACAAAUUCAGUCCAACGUUAUCGGUAGCUGGGGUCAUAUUCAUUCACGUUCCCCUCUUUAUAACCAACUCUCAAAGCAGGCCAACUGAGGAAAACAAGAAGAAGAGUUCCUGUCAUAUCCUUUGGAGGCAGAGUGUUUAGUUGAAGUAGAAACUGAUUUUUAUCUUUUUCCUUUUUGUUUUUGGGGUUCCGUUUUUUUGCCAAUGCCGGUAUGAGCAGGUGUUUUUUGUUUUCAGUUAGAUGGUUUGCGAGUUCUGUACAUAAAUAUAUAUGAAAUGGUGAGAGGUAGGAUAAAGUAAGUUUCUGUACGAUAAUCCCAGUUGUAUUUAAAUAAAAAUGGGAACUGAAGUUGAUCCUUUUAUUCGGCUUUCAGUGUUUUUGGUAA